AUGGAAAGAACUGAAUGCAGGAAAGAAACCCAGUGCAGGUGCUUGAGCUGGAGCAAUUUCAGAUUCGGAUUUUGCCAGGGCCCCGAGUUGCCCGGACGGGGCUCCUGUGGUGCCCUCACAGGAACUGGCUCCCCAACUCCCUCUCUCCCCCAGCCAGCCCGGCUCUCACUGCCCGUGGUGUGGAUAACCUCAGGACCUGGAGGUGGAGAUGAAGUGAUCUGUAGGGUCAACCCCGUUUUCUUGCUCUUGCUUCUGCUAUGGGAACCCGCUGCUCCACGCUGUGCUAUCUCUCUUGGCUAUAAAUUCAUUGUCACUCCCAGUGAUCAACCAUGGUAUAAAAUUCAAGGCGAGGUAAAUGGAAGCACAUUCCUUCAUUAUACCUGCUGUAGCGAGAAGGUCAAACUCAUCAGUGUUCAGGGGAUGAAGGAGAAUGCCACACAGGCCUGGGAUCAACAGAGAGACACUCUGAAACAGGCGGUGGAAGAGCUCAAGAAGAUCCUGCUUGACAUUAAAGCAGAGAUUAUUGCAACCAGCCAUCCUCUCUCCCUACAGAGCAGCAUGAUGUGUAAGCAGGAAUCCAAUGUACUCACCAGUGGAUUUGAUGGACAGAUAUCUCUCCGCUUUGACUCAAAGAACAGAAUCUGGACAGUGUUGGGUGAUGAAGGCAGACUGUUAAACAAGACAUUGGCAAGUGACAGAGCUGUGACCGAUCGCCUUGUUAGGACCUCAACUGGAGACUGUAGGAAGUGACUUAAACAAGUUUUGUGUCCCCAUGAUGAAGUUCUGAGCACAAAAGCUGCAUUAACCAUUGCCACAGCCACAGUCCUGUCCAAGGCCACAACCAACACGCUCAUCACUUCCAUUCUCCUUGUGAUCAAUCAUAGUUGGCAUCCUAGGCUCAUGAUAUGA